UUGAGAUUUUAUUAUGAGUGUAAUUAGAUAGUUGUGAGGAGAUAAAAAAAUUAUGAUGAUAAAAUCACCUAAAGAAAAUAAGAUUUGAUGGAAGAAAAAUACUCAUGAAAAAAUAAAAUAAAUUUAAGUGAGAAAAGGUAGAUAGAAACAAUUUUUAGCAGGAAAGAGUAAAAAGGAAAUAUUUAGGGGUUUUGGGGUUUUAGGGAUUUUUGGUGAGAGAGAUGGAUAGCAGCUUGGAGAACAUUCUUCAAGAUGGGAAGCUAUACAGACAGCUUAAUUCUCUCAUCGUGGCUCAUCUUCGCCACUACAAUCUUAAUCAGGCUGCAAGUGCGGUUGCUUCUGCAACAAUGACACCCUUGAAUAUUGAUGUCCCGGCUAAUAGACUUCUUGAACUGGUUGCUAAGGGUCUUGCAAUUGAAAAAGAUGAGAUGGCAAGAGGGGUUCCUUCAUCACUAUUAUAUGAUUCAAGUACAUUAAAACCGGCGGGAUAUGUUUUAUUUCAUGCUUCUCGCACUGCUGCUGUUGAUUUCAGUGCUGUGCCAGAUACACAAGGCUCUUCAAAGAGUUUCCCAAAGCAUGAGACGAGGCAUCUUUCAGAGCACAAAAAUGUUGCCAGAUGUGCUAGGUUUAGUCCUGAUGGGAAGUAUAUUGCAACUGGAAGUUCUGGUACAUCAAUAAAGCUUUUUGAGGUUUUAAAAAUCAAGCAAAUGAUGCUGCCAGAUGCAAAAGAUGCAAGAGAUGGUCCUGUGCGACCUGUAAUAAGAACAUUUUAUGACCAUGCACAGCCAAUAGAUGACCUGGAUUUCCAUCCAGAAAGCAAUAUUCUAAUUUCUGCGUCCAAGGAUCAUACAAUAAAGUUCUGUGUCUCUCCAUCCCUCUGGGGAUUUUCUUUUAGCAGGAACUGAUCAUCCCAAUCCUCAUUUGUAUGAUAUUAACACCUUCCAAUGUUACCUCUCUGCUAACGCACCAGAGAUUGGUGUUGGUGGAGCAAUAAAUCAGGUCAGGUAUUCAGCUACUGGCGGCAUGUAUGUUACUGCUUCUAAAGAUGGUACAAUUCGUCUAUGGGAUGGUAUUAAUGCGAGUUGCCUACGUUCCAUAGUUGGUGCACACAGAUCAUAGGAGGCCACCAGGGCUAUUUUUACCAAGGACCGAAGGUUUAAAAUCGCAUAAUAGUGUAAUUUGUUAUUAUUGUUAUUAUUUAGACUUACACCUUUGAAGCAAAAAGAUCUCUUAUAUCACUAGGUGUAACCUUUAUGUGGCUUGCUUUGUGACGUCACAUGAAGAUUGAUCUUGUAGGUUCAUUCUCUCCUGUGGAAAGGACUCCACUGUGAAGCUAUGGGAAGUUGGCACUGGAAGAUUGGUCAAACAUUACCUAAGUGCCACUCAUACACAGUUGCGGUGCCUGGUGUGCAAGGACUUGCCUACUUUUGGAUUAUUUUUGUGUGAAGCACCUAUGGGUUUUUAUUUCUAUCAUGUCAAUUAUUAUCAAGUUGCUAAUAACUUAUAUUUAUAUUUUGGCCCUGUCAUACAAAAGGGAAUGUUUUUAUCAACUUUUUGUGUGUUGGUUGGCUAUUCGGAAGAAGUGAAUAUGACUGGGAAAAAAGAAUGUUACAAAUUUGGUGGCCCCACUUGUAUUAAUCUUUCAAAACUUUUAUUCUUUCGCAGGCUAUUUUCAAUGAUACCGAAGAAUUUAUCCUAUCCAUAGAUGAACCUAACAACGAGGUUUGUGCAGAUUCUUGUGCUGUUUUAAGGUCGUCUUUUUUUAUUUGGUUCCUCCAAUUGAAAUGGAAUCUGGGUUUUGGUAUGGGAUGCGGUGACGACAGAAAAGGUGGCAAGGUGGCCUUCCAUUCACAUUGGGGCUCCUCGUCAGGCUUGAGCACUACCAGAUCAAUCCGUCAAGAAAAUCUCUAGUCCGAGUUCGAACAACUGUUAUUUAUUUCUUUUUAUAUGCAAUUUUGUGGAAAAGAGAAACAAAUAAUUUUUAUUCCUCUCGAAUCAAAUUACAUUCCCUA